AGAGCUUAUAUUUUUAUAGAGGAAUCGUGGCCGCCAGUUGAGGCGAUACUCCACUGGUACAUUAGCAUGCAAUUCCCUUUAUUUUUCUCGUCGCUAUCUACGAGAUAAAACUUUACAGUAAUUUAAAACGAGACACAAUUUCCAACUAAUUUGUUCGAAUAAGAUAUUACGAAGACGGAUGCUGGAUUUCAAAAGCCGCGCGCUUUUAUGUAUGCAUUGUCCUUACGUUUUAAGGUAAUUGAGAAGUUUAUGGUGUGAUUAAAGACAUGAAAUAAUAUUUCUCCAAUAUAAAGACGUAUUCUUGAUUGUAGAUAAUUUCGGAACAACUCUAAUGACAACCGCUGGGGCAAGGGGGCUAGGCCAGAGUUGUUUUAGGUUAAGUGCGUUAAGCGCUGGUUAAGCGGCUAACGAAUACGCUGUGGUCUGCAGCCGCAGGAGUCGCUAUUUCGUUAUCUUGUCUAUGAGCACUGACAAGGUGAUGUGCUCUGGGCUUAUGGUGUUGCUAGGAUCAGGAGUCUAGGGCUCGUCUCCGUGGCCUAAAUCUAUCCCAAUACUAGAAAGCAAUUGGAGAUAAUAGAGAUAUUAUACUGUUUUUUUAAAGCCGGUUCGUGCUGGAAAUGCGAAACUGUUUGAUGUGGUACUUUUUUUAUUACUUUCGGUAAUUUUCGUUGAGUUAUGGAAUUUCAGUUGAAGUAUCAAAUAGUUUUUGGAUAGUGAAAAGCAUGCAGUUUGACGCAAUAAAACUCGAGGAAUAAUGAAGUGCAACGUCUGGCUGAAAGAAACCUGGAUUUGGGCCGAACUAAUGACUAUUAAUUUCUCCAUCAUCAGAUAUCAUCCCAUAAAGUUACUGAAUAGUCUAUUACCUAAUAUCUAACGUAUUGAUAAUGGCAUUCUUACGGAAAAUUGGCCCGUUUUGUUUAAAUGGUGCCUCCAUCAGCAAUGCUUCACUUACUUCUGUUGUGCUUUUGAGGAAACAAAGUUCUGCUGGAAUUAUAGUGAUAGGAGAAGAGAUUUUGAAAGGUCAGGUUGCCGACACUAACUCACACUUUAUUGCUCGACAUUUGUUUGAUAGAGGCAUCAAAGUGAAAAGAAUAUCUGUGAUUGGAGAUGAAGAGGAUGAAAUUGCUAAAGAAGUGCUGUUAUUUUCUAAGAACUUCUCAUAUGUAAUUACAACUGGUGGAAUUGGACCAACCCAUGACGAUGUUACAUUUUCUGCUAUCGCCAAAGCAUUUGGGGAAGAAGUUAAACCACACCCAGAGUUAGUCAAAUUGUGUGCAGAUUUCUUUAAGACUGAAGAUCUCAAUUCUCCCGCAAUGAAAUUAGCUCAUAUUCCAGAAUCAGCAAAAUUACUAUAUGGCAUUGAUCAAAGCACUGGAAAACGAACUUUAUAUCCAAACAUAUCAGUGCAUAAUGUAUAUAUUUUUCCUGGAAUUCCCAUCUUGAUGCAGAAGCUGUUUUUGGCUGUACAAGAGGAAUUAUUUAAGGAAGGGAAUGAAAGAAUACAUGUUAAAAACUUGUAUUUGAGCUGUACUGAAGUAGAUUUUGCAGAACAUUUGAAUCAUGUUGUUUCAAAAUAUCCUUCUGUGACAUUUGGCUCAUAUCCCAAGUUGUUUGACAGGUUCUAUAAAGUUCAUGUAACCAUUCAAUCAGUGAGAAAAGAAGAAUGUGAGAAGGCAUACAAUGAUCUUUUAGCUCUGAUUCCAAGAGGUAAUUCCAUCACAUUCACGUAUUUUGUUAAUGAUUGUGUGGAAUUACAUUCAAGAUUUUAUAAAUGUGUGUGUGGAUUUGUAGAAUGUGAUUCUUCCCUGAAUUCACUACUUGUUGCCAACGUGUGUGAUUGUCCCUCCUCCUUCCUGCUCCCUUGCUUCAUAUCCCUUUUUGAAAUAUUUAGUGAUGGAAAUCUGCUUAGAAUGCUUCAUUCAGUUCAGUUUGCAAUGCUAAAUUCCCACCAAAACUUUGAAUUCAAAUUCAUUGUAAAUUUUGAUACAGCACCAACACAGAAUUCUUAUGAAAAGAUUUUGAAUUUUGGAGUGCAAAAGAAGAAAAAUCAUGUUCAGAAUGCUGUGGAGAGCAUAGAACAGUUCUGUGAAAUAUACAGGCCAGCUGAGAUGUGUGUUGUUUUCAAUGGAGAUCCUGAAUCAGUUGUGCUAACACAUCUUAUCCAUGGAUGUUUGAGAAGGAAUUCGGAAAGUGCAAAUCUUAAUGGUGUGACUUUCAUGGAAAAACCUUAUACCUCGGAGUUGGAACAGUUUAUUCAGGAGACACAAGCAAGAUACAAUAUGAAGCUAGAGAGGUUUUCUGGUCCUCUUUCCAACACUCUAAAUGCAUUUAUUGAUGUUCAUGAACAUUUCAAAGUCGUAUUUGUAGGCUGUGUUGCAGAUGAGAAUUCUGACUUGUUGCAAUUGUUAACAUAUGCAGAGAAGAAUCACCCCACAAUUCAGUGGGUGAAUCCAUUAAAAGACUGGAUGAAAACAGAUGUAUGGGACUUCAUAGAUUCUCUUAGUCUGCCAUACAGUACAUUUAAUAAUAGCAAAAAAUAAAUGUUAUGUUAUAUUGUUUAUUGAACAUUGUUAAUAUUCAUAUUGCUUUAUAUACAAUUCGUAGACAUCAAUUUUACUUCUUAUUCUAUGGUUGUUCAUGUUUUGAAGAUGGAUUUUAAAAAUAUUGAUUUAACGAUUUUCAUUAAUUUAAGUUAAUAAGUGAUGCCUGUAAAUAACAUAUUUCUUGACCUGUUAAAAAUGUGAAAAUAUAAUAUCUGUUGCUGAUUCAUGGCAACUUAAUUUCUUUGAGUCUUGUGACAUUCAAAGUUGAUUGUAAAACUAGUGGUGCUGCAACAAGCACGUACUUUCUUGUAUUAUUUGUUUCUUUUGCAAUUUUCGAAAAUCCAGAGAGUUCAAUGAAAGUCUGACCUGCUCCAUUUUUGUAAUCCUACUUAGCAGUAUCUGAGAAAAGAAAUAAAGAAAAAAUUUCUGUUCAUUUUUGAGAAAUUAUUUGCCUUUAUUUCAUGAAAAAAUGCAGGACA